UCGCCACCUUCAACUCAUAGGACUUACGUUGCUGUUCUAAGGUUGCAGUUGCGUGGACAGCGCCAUGGCUCGCGCGCACAUCAAUCGCCUCUCAGACGACUUACUCAUUCGGAUCCUAUGGCACUUCGAUCAUUCCAAACCUAUCCAAUCCGACAGCGACAUUUUGUGGAGCUCUUGCUGGCCGAAGCCGAUGUACAUCACCUCGAAUCCUUUUACGAAAGAGCUUCGACUUAAGGACAGAGACGCUCCGAUCCCGACUCCUCCUGCCUUCACUGUCGCGCCUCUCAGCCGCAGCAGUCUGCCAUCGCUGGCGAAAGCUCGCUCAGCCUUACGUCUCCACGCUUCUCGUGCGCGAAAACCUCGCCGUUUCCCGCCAAAGUUCUGUCAAAUGCCGUCUUAUGUUUCCCACACCUCACCCAUCUGCACCUCUGCGACGGAAGCGUGGAACGGACCGACGACGCCUUUCUUAAUCACCUCGCAUCCGCAUGCCCUAAAUUCACGGCGCUCCAUGUGGGGAAGAACAUGACACCGGAUUUUCUCGCUGAUGGCUACGACGAAGGCAGGGAGGACGAGAACCCGGUGACCGCGGCUGGACUCGACCGUUUCUUCCGCCAGUGCUCGCAGCUGGAGCGGCUGUCGCUUCACUGCCUCACGUUCGUCGACCUACCGGCUUCGUUCUUUCAGCUGCUGCACCUGCGAGCUCUGGAUCUCACCGACGACUCGGCUCUCGAGUAUCCGGAUUUUGCGAACUUCUCUUCUCUCGCGAAUCUUUCGCUUGUGACGUCGGCUCGGAAUGGCUGUAGUCUUACAAAGCUCGUGGAAUUUUCAGGUCUCACCAGCCUAUCCUUCCGCAACGAGACUCGGCUGAGCUUAGGGGAAGAGCGUUAUCAUUUUCAGCGCUCGCCGGAUCCGGAUGCUGCUCCCUUCUCGUUCGCGCUGCUGUCCUCGCUAAAGUCGCUGCGAUUCGAUACAACACACAGCAGCUCUCCGCCGUUUGGCCUUAUGUUCCCGUCAGGGUCGCUGUGCAGAAACCUCGAACGGCCGCUGCUGACACAGUACGAUGGGCUCGAGCGUCUUCCUCAUGAAAUUGGAGAGUUGCUGCCGUGUCUACCGGAGCUGAGCAUUGCCUCCUGUGAAAAGUUUUCCGAACUGCCCGAGCAGCUGACUUCCCUGAUCUGUUUGCAGAGCUUGAAGAUCUCUUCGUGCAACGUUCUCAGCCUGCCCGAGAACUUUGGAGAGCUACCGGUUUUGAAAACGCUGGUGCUGCAUAAGCUGCCGAUUGUAGGUCUUCCAGAUUCCUUCCGCCAGCUCACGUCCCUGGAGACCUUUUUCAUUAUUGAAUGUGCUGAAAUGGAGAAACUGCCAGCAGGCUUCGCCAGCCUCACAUCGCUGAAGUCCCUCUGCCUCGAGACCGAGGAGCUGCAGCUUCCUGACGACUUUCGAGGGCUAGCUAGUCUUCAGACUCUCUUUCGAAGCAAAAAAUUCUCGCAGCAGCUGCUGCCAUAUUCAUUCACCAGGCUAUCAUCAUUAACCAGGCUUGAGCUCAACGUGUGCAUGAUUUCUGAACCCCCGGAGGGCAUGACUGCGAUGGGUAGCCUGCAGCAGCUGUACAUCCAUCAUUGCCUUCACAUCACGGAGAUUCCAGGGUCCAUCACGGUUCUCCCGAGACCCGAAAUUUUGAGGAUUAAAGGUUGCAGCAGCCUCUUGUCUGUCCCCAGGAGCUUGGUCAGCCUAGGAAGGCUCAAGGAGUUGGAGAUUUCAAAGUGUGAACUGUUAUUACAGCUUCCCGAAUCGCUACCAACAACGCUUCAGUUCUUGAGCCUGGGCGACGACUAGCGGGUGAUUCCUCUUCCAGAUAUAUCCAUGCUGUCAAGAUUGGAGAAGCUGAGGUUACGCAAUGUCAGUGUCAGUGGUGGGUUGAAGCUGGCCAUUAGCAGAGGGCUAUGUCGCCUGGAGCACUUGGAGCUGGUGCUGGAAGGAGGUGCGGUGGAGUUCCCCUUCCCCAUGACAUUCCUUUCUCGCCUAAAAACCUUGACAAUGACUGUUGCGAGCAUGAAGAAGCCUCCAGAUGAUAUUGUCUCAAGUCUGCUGCAGCUCAGGCAGCUACGGAUUGGAAGGGCCAAAGAAAUGGAUGAGCUGCCAGACUCUCUGACGAAGCUCCAGAACCUGACAUCUCUUCAGAUAUCUGCACCAGAGUUAACUUCCCUUCCUGACAGCAUUGGAGCAUUGUCCAAACUGCGUAAGCUGGAUCUGUCCAAGUGUUCAGCCGUUGAAUCUCUCCCUGCAUCCUUCACCCAGCUCUCCUGUCUCAAUGACCUGAGCCUGCAUGAUCGCUCCAUCCUCCGGUCCAGGCCCCAAGAAGUCAGGAAAAUUUUCCUGAUUUCGGAAAAAGACAGGGAGUUUCUCGGUACUUACCCUGAUUCUGCAGGGUUUUGUACAUGACACACCCUGUUUUUUCAGGUUUUUUGUAAGGGUUAACUCUGAUCGCUCAGCAAGGUUUCUUAGCGAACCCUGAAUUUCUCAGCAUUGUAGCGGGUCUUAGUCCUUUCCAAAAGCGUGUCUAGGGGGGGCGGUCAAGAAUUUCGAGGUUCUUAUCAGAAAUUAGAAUUGAAUGAUAGU